AAUUGCGAUCGUUGACGUCCCGUUAACGGCGACGCGAACGCCGUUGUUUCCAGGUUUCAGGAUUAGAUUUAUCACACUUAAACACGACUUUCGGACACUCAACACAUACCCCGGUCCGCCGGAACUUUUCGUUCACCGGAUAUGGACAAGAGUAUGGAAAGGAAAUUUUUGAAAACCACAGUGGCCGGCAUCUUGUUAGAAAUCGGGUUCCAAGUUGUUGAACCAGCCGCAUUGGAAACGCUUGUCGAAAUGCUAUUUAGUGUGUUAUCUCAGAUGGGAAAUAGUAGUCGGCGGUAUGCUGAAGUAGCUGGACGACUCGAACCUCUUGGAGCCGAUGUAAUGAUGGGUCUAAUUGAUAUGGGAUUGUUUAAAAGUGCAUCCAGUCUAUUAGCCUACGCUAAACGAUCAAAUCGUGGUGUUCUCCCUAGUCCUGAACCAUCUGUUCAGCCUCGCCAAACUUGUAAUCUUCAAGCAGGCACUAGACUGCCCCACCCACCAUAUAUGCCUAGUCAUAUGCCCUCUUUUCCUGAUCCUCACGCGUACAUAAGAACUCCAACGCACAAACAACCAGUUACUGAAUAUGAAGCAAUCCGUGAAAAAUCUGCAAUUCAAAAACACGAGCUUGAAAAAUCUUUAAUUAAAUUUUUAAUUAAAACUGGCCCAACUGAAAGUUUAUUUUUAAAUCAAGAAAACGAUUGCUUUCCUUUAAUAGCCAACAAGCCACAACAACCAGCUUAUAUUUCAGCAUUAAUACCAAUGGAUCAAGUAUUUGAUGAUGAUCCUGAUGAUAGUGAAAUGCCACCUCCUAGUAAAAAAAUCAAACUUAAAAAAGAUGAUCUGAAUAAAGAAGAAUUCGAUGAAAAUGAAGAACAAGAAAAUGAAAAUGAAGAAGAAGAAGAAAUAGUAAACUGCGAAGAAACAGAAAUAAAACAAGAGGAACCCAUAGACAAUCCAUUCUUAAGACCUGUCAAGUAUCCUGCAGGGCAUUGAGAUAAUUCUGUGGAUUGUUCGAGUUCUAUAAAUGUUAACUUAAAACAGGAUCUGUGGACAACAUUUGAUUAUUGUUUUAUUUAAUUUAUAUGUUUUCAUCUUGAGUAAGAAGACUAAUGUUUUUUCUUGUAUAUAUAGUCACAUUGUAAGUGCUCAAUUUUUUAUUGCUUGAAUCUUUAUUAUCAUAAAAUAAAAGUAACUACUCAUUUGUUGCAUCAA